ACGCGCGAGGUAUUGUAUUCACUGCUCACUGCAAUUCGUUGCGUCGCUAUGAAUCCUCCAAAUCUGUCGGACCUGCUUGAUCGCGAUCCCAACUUGAAAAACCACAGCGCGGAAAUAGCGACGAGAUACGAACGUUUAGAGCGAAUGAAGACGCAUCUGGAGGAGCACGAAGGCGGACUGGACGCGUUCUCGAGAGGAUACGAGAAAUUCGGUCUCAACCGGACGGAAGACGGGGGCGUGAUUUACAGAGAAUGGGCGCCGGGUGCGGAAGGAGUCUUUCUCACCGGCGAUUUCAACGGUUGGGACAGGCAAUCCCUCAAGUGUGAAAAGAAGAAGUAUGGAAUGUGGGAGAUAACUCUUCCACCAACUGCAGACGGAAAGAGCCCAGUACCUCACAACUCUAAAUGGAAAGUCGUAAUCAAAACCCAGUCUGGUGACCUUGUUGAUCGCAUAUCUCCAUGGUCUCAUUACGUCGUCUGCCGUGAAGACAUCAAGCUGUACGAAUCCUACAACUGGGAUCCUGACGUCCCAUACAAAUUUCAACACCCGAAGGUUAAGAAGCCGCAAGCACCAAGAAUUUACGAAGCACAUGUCGGCAUAUCAUCUGAGAAACCAGAGGUUGCGAGCUACAGACACAUGGCUGACAACGUCCUGCAUAGAAUUGUGGGUCUUGGAUACAAUUGUAUUCAGUUGAUGGCGGUCAUGGAGCAUGCGUAUUAUGCAAGCUUUGGGUAUCAAGUGACGAGUUUCUUUGCACCAUCCAGUCGUUAUGGCACUCCUGAUGAUCUUAAGUAUCUUGUGGAUCAAUGUCAUAAAUACGGACUCUACGUGUUGAUCGACAUCGUUCACAGUCAUGCAUCGAAGAAUGUGCUCGACGGCUUGAAUCACUUCGAUGGCACUGACUCAUGCUAUUUUCACACUGGAGCACGAGGAGCACACAGUCUGUGGGACAGUCGACUCUUCGACUACCACAAGUGGGAAGUUUUACGUUUUCUGCUCUCCAAUCUGCGCUGGUGGCUGGAAGAAUAUCAGUUUGAUGGUUUUCGAUUUGAUGGAGUCACGUCGAUGCUGUAUCACCACCAUGGCAUAGGAACAGGAUUCAGUGGUGGAUAUCACGAGUACUUUGGGCCGAACACGGAUGGACAGAGCUUGUUGUACUUGACAAUCUCAAACUAUAUGCUGAAUGUGUUGUAUCCAGACUGCAUUACAAUCGCCGAGGAUGUGUCAGGAAUGCCGGCAUUGUGUCGUCCAGUUAGUGAAGGUGGGGUGGGUUUUGACUACCGGCUAGGAAUGGCUAUUCCUGACAAGUGGAUAAAAAUGCUGAAAGAAGUCAAAGAUGAAGACUGGAAUAUGGGUGAUAUUGUUUUUACUCUAACCAAUCGACGAUAUGGAGAAAAAGUUAUAGCAUACGCAGAGAGCCAUGACCAGGCAUUAGUUGGUGACAAGACUCUUGCUUUCUGGCUCAUGGAUGCAGAAAUGUAUUCCAAUAUGUCCACAAUGAGUCAUUUUACAUUGACUAUUGAUCGUGGCAUGGCACUUCACAAGAUGAUAAGGCUUAUCACGAUUGGUCUCGGUGGUGAAGGUUACCUCAAUUUUAUUGGAAACGAGUUUGGACAUCCCGAGUGGUUGGAUUUUCCACGAGCUGGAAAUAAUUCAAGUUACUGGUAUGCUCGAAGGCAGUGGAAUCUAGUUGACGAUAAUGUACUGCGGUAUCGAUUUCUCAACGAAUUUGAUCUUGCCAUGAACCACUUGGAAAACACCUACCAUUGGUUGUCAAGUGAUUUUUCGUUUGUAAGUCACAGGCACGAGUCAAACAAGGUGAUCGCAUUUGAGAGAGGUACAGUUCUCUUCAUAUUCAACUUUCAUCCAACCCAGAGCUUUACAGAUUACCAGAUUGGAACUGCACAACCCGGAACAUACAAAAUCGUAUUGAACUCCGAUUCGGGUCGAUUUCAUGGUCACAAUCGUAUAGACGAGAGCACUCGUUUCCACACAGCUCCUAAUGCUUGGGAUGGCAGACCACACUCACUACUCAUCUAUCUACCAAGUCGUGUUGGUCUAGUUCUCGCUGUUGAAGGAUAAUGAACUGAUGUAGAGACUGGAUGAUGCGGUCAGUCGUCAGUUAUUUGUAUGUAUUGGUCAAUUAUUCUAGAAUGGUGUGCUCGUUUGGUUGCACUAUGGAGUAAAUUGUAUCAUACGAUUUCCUACCAUUAGUUUGAUAUGAUGAAAGUUUUGUUUGUGUUUACUCUUACUUUGUAUGUGAGUUCACAACAAACUACAUUACAAUUUCAAUAUCUUUUUUCUCA